CCUGUUGCUCGGCAACCGCCGCUUACGAGCGCAACCUGAGAAGCGGCGGCCAACGGAAAGAAACGCCUUGAAUAUUUCAUCCAAGCGGCGUGAAGGCGAGCAGGGCUGCCCACGAGCGAAUGAGCAGGAUCCCGCCGCGGAAACAAGCUCCGAGUCCGAAACAGCUAGGAUGUGACAUCAUCAGAUCAUCAACAUGUCCAGCGAAGCCGAAGAGGCGGGCGGCGGCGGCAGCCCGGCGGCGGAGGCAGCCCUGCGGUGCAUCGUGUGUUUCGGGGGCUAUGACCUGGCGGCGCGGUUGCCGCGGCGACUGCACUGCGGCCACACCUUCUGCCAGGCAUGCGUAAAGCGACUGGACGCCGUCAUCAACGAGCAGGUAUGGAUCCCGUGUCCUCAGUGUCGCCAGAACACGCCCCGUCCCCGGGGGGGAGCCGCCGCACUGGACCUGGACUUGACCUGCUUCCUGGCCCUCAAGACGCACGCCCACUCUGCCCCUUGCGUCGCCGAGGCGUCGUCCAGCGGCGAGGGGACGGCGGGCGGGAAGACCGCUUGGGCGGGGAAGGACGCAGCCGAGGCGUGGUCGCACAGGGGCCUCGCCCAGCCACGCUUUCAAAGCCACGGCGGGUGCUGCAAGCCGCUUUCCUAUUGGCUGUGCUGCUGCUGCUGCCGCAUGGGGCGGGGCUAAAACAAGGGGCGGGGUCAGACCAUCAUUGAGACCGUUCUUAUCGUACGCUAACUUGACUUGAAUUCCAAGCCCCGAUCGGCUUUCACAUUGACAGCGAACGGCCGGACUUCCGAUUUCAAAGAAAUCAAUUGAAUGAGA